AAAAAUUUCAAAAACCACAGAAAAAACAUAUAUAGGAAAAUAAACAUAUAACCCCAUCACGCAUAAACUCAAGAGAAAACGCCUCCCCUGUUUGUAUGGAGUACUUAAGCACUGACUUAGCAUCUGAAGAGAGUGGUCAAUAUUAGGAAAAUGAAUGACAGUGAUUGGUUAAUUUCUUUUCAUACUCCAUUUAUUCUCAGACGAAAAUAUAAAAAGCGAAGGCUAACAACAGACCUUGUACGAUCAAUACGAAAGAGAUCCUACUGCCUCAACUGAGUGGUUGUUAAACCUUGUGCCCAGCUUAUGACUACAAUAAAACAAAGAUCACUAAAUUUAUAAUCCUAGGUUUUAGUUUCGAAUUUAGGGAAAGAGUAAACCGUUCAACAGCAUUGAACCUUUUUCUACAGGAAAAACAUUCUUCGAUACAAACAUUUUUCCAGCGGUUGGAUCCAAAUAGAUGCUAAUCGUUUGAGAAUUUCACCCACAUCUCUGACGUUAGACACACUGCUCAGAAAAGAAGAAAGGUGUUUCUGAAACAUAAGGGCACGCUAAAACUAUUAAUUAUAUUUAGUAUUAAAUAUUCAAAACUCACUACUUAUAUACCGAAAUAUCCAAAAAAAUCGAAAUACUCAAAUAUUUUUUAUAUUUAGAGUAUUUUAAAUUAUCCAAAUUAUCCUAAAAACUGAAUUACUCGAAUAGUUUUUAUCCCAAAUAUUAAAAUUUAUCCGAAUUACCCUAUUUACAUCCAAAACAUUCCCAAUAAAUUGUUUUUUACCCCGAAUCAUCCAAAAUUAACCGAAAAAAUCAGAACCGAACCGCAACUGAAUUGAAAUCACAAAUUUAUCGGAUAUUAGUCGGUUCUUAUAAUUGUUAUCUGAUCCGACCCAAAACUGAAAAGAACCGAACCGACUCCGAACUGAAUUUCAUAGAUAACCGAAUGGUUCCUAUAUCUCUAUAACCGAAAAAUUGAAAACCGAAAGAACCAACCGGAACCGAACCAAAAACCGAACGCUCAUGCCUACUUGAGAGUAUGAUUAUCACAGUAUGUUAAUCACAUCUCUUAAGGCUUUUGUAAUUAAAAUUAAAAUAAAAGAGGAAGAAAGCGGAUGAGAUGGCUCUUUAGUUAGCCCGCAAAGGAAUGCAUCUUGGUGGACACGUGUCAACAAACAAGAGGGUGGAGGUUCGGUUACGCGUAUCAAACUUCUCUCUCUCUCUCUCUCUCUCUCUCUCUCUCUCUCUCUCUCUCUCUCUCUCUCUCUCUCUCUCUCUCUCUCUCUCUCUCUCUCUCUCUCUCUCUCUCUCGACGAAGGCGAUUUUCAUGGCGAAAGGCGAUUUGAUCGAUUAUGCAUGUCUUAGAUUAAGCCUCUUCUUGUUCUGAUCGGUUGUUAUUUGUUGGUUCUCGUCGAAUAUGUCUCUCGGUGGGUGUCCUCGAUGGCGACGGAGCUUUCCCAUGAUGGCUCGGCCCUAAUCGAAAGAUAAUCCGGUUCUUCUGUUGUUUCAUUAUGCAUGUGAUUGAUUAAUGUGCAACUUGUUCUGAUCGCAAUUUUUACUUUAUUUUUUGUUUGUUCGGUUCGAUUUGGUGUAUAGUGGCGACGGAGCUCUCCUCGACGGCGCCGGAGCUCUCCUCGACAGCGACAGAGCUUUCCUCGACGGCGAUAAAGCUCUCCUCGACGGCGACGGAUCUCUCCUCGACGGCGACACAGCUCUCUCACGGUGGCUUAUGUUGUUUCACGAUCGAAAGGCUGCGUGGAUCCACGGUACAAGAGGAAGGAACCUCAAAGCAGAGGAGUGCAGAGCAGAGAAAUACAGAUGAAGAACUAGUGGGGUAUUACCUGCACAGGAGAAACGAAGGCCUUCAAAUUGAGCUCGAAAUAAUUCCAUUAAUGGAUUUAUACAAGUUUGAUCCUUGGGAACUUCCUGAGAAAUCCUUUUUGCCAAAUCGAGAUAUGGAAUGGUUUUUCUUCUGUCACCGAGACAGAAAAUACCAGAACGGUUCUCGAAUAAACAGAGCAACUAAAUCUGGUUACUGGAAAGCCACUGGAAAAGAUAGAAAAAUCGUUUGUCAGUCUUCGUCUUCCUCGUCGACUUCAUCAAUCAUUGGGUGUCGAAAAACCCUAGUUUUUUAUCUGGGUCGAGCCCCUUUUGGUGGUAGAACCGAGUGGGCAAUGCAUGAGUAUCGUCUCUUUGAUAACGAUACUUCACAAGGAUCACUGAAUUUCAAGGGAGACUUCGCGCUAUGUCGCGUGGUAAAGAGGAAUCAUGAGGUUACACUUAAGAAAUGUGAAACCAGUUCACUGGAGGUUCCAGUUCCAGGUGAGCCACAGACCAACAAUGUCGAUAUUCCUUGUGAAGCAAGAUACAUAGGAAAGGGUUCGUGUGACACAAGUAAUACACUCCGGGCUUCCCCUGACUUCAUCCUUGGAUCAUCGACUAAGGGGCAUUCACAAUCGCAAACAGAAGACGAUUCUGGUUUCCAAGAGUUUUCACUACCCGAAAUCGGAUACCCACCAGAGUUCUUUGCAGAUUUGAAUUUCGACUGGGGAAUGGAGAAUUCUUUUCCGUUCGUACAGUAUCAAGAAGCUCAUGUUAACAAUGAAGUCAUUAACUAUGAUGUUCUUCGGUAAAAAAAGAAAAACUAUAACUCACUCUACAUGGAUCAAGAUCUAACUAUAAUCCAUUUUAUUUGAAACUUAGAUUUGUUUGGGUGUGUACACAUGUAGUAUAGUUGCAUAGUAUAAAUAUGAAACUGCAAGAUUCUCUGCAGCAUCAGCUAGAAGUGGUUAUAAAAUUUAUAAUUACACUUUUCUAAGACCUUUUAGGUCUCAAAAUUAUGUUUAAUCAAUGUAUAAUAUAUCUACUAGCUACAUAAAUAAAUAAAAGAACUAUUGGAUA